AAAGCAACGACGUUAUUACGUCAUCGCCGGGAAAUAAAACAUCCGGCGUGUGAUUCAAAAAGCUGCACCUCAUUUGGCGCAGUCAUCAAACAACCGCCUCAAAGUGUCCCUUUGAGCCAAAAGUAAAGUUGUAUAAAGUUAAACACAUCACGUCCUGCCAUGCAUUAAAAAAAAUGAGAUAUCAGUGAGAAAAACCACCCAUCCCAACAUCCCAGAGAUGAACACGAUAAAUAACAAUACACAAAACAAUACAUUUAUAUUUACAACAAAGUGAGACUGCACACAAACACACCUGAUCUGUUGUUUGACAUCUUGUGGAGAGCUGUUGCAAGGAGCUGCAUAGAAGACCACAGAGCCAUUACGUUCUCCAAUUUGAAUGGGAUUUGAAGACAUUUUACGGCACCGAUUUAUUGAUUGAUUGGGUAAUCAAACCACUCGUUGGUGAUACACGUCCUUAACGUUGCUCUGGCGAUUGAAGCUGUCAGAGUGACAGUCAGCAGGUGACAAUAGGUGCUGUGAUAACUGAAUGAUGCUUCUUGAAUGUAAUAUUACCUGAGCUGAAUGUGCUCAAACACUGUUCGAAGAAGUUCACGUUUCAUACCAGUACAUAUUUUAACCUUUUUGAAAGUGUGCCAGAACCUUUAAUACGAGGACAACUUUUACCCGGAUACGACCUGUUGACUUUAAGUAAAACCCUCCCCGACUCCUCCAGUCUUUCCUUUUCUCGUCUCGCUGGAAGACGGACGCAAACAGGUGCCAGAUUGACAUUUCCGUUGUGUGGUGUCACAGAAAGCGGAUUUUUAAGUACAAAUGGCUGAAGGUUAAAAACUGCACAUUAGCCCAUACAUGUGUAUUAUUAGGUCAACUGUGUUCUAAAUGUAUAUGUAUAUUUGUCUACUCCCUUUUCCUCACUCUCCCUUAAAUUUAAUUGAUUUGAUCCCUUAAAACCACAAAACAACAAGACACCGAUCUGCGUAUGACAGACUUAAGAGACACACUGAUAUUUGAUACAGACCACCAGCAGAACAUAUUUAGACUUGGCUAAAAAAAAAAAAAAAAGAAGUACAUGCUGAUGCAUUUUUGUACAGUUCUGAUUGACCCCAAGCAACAACUAAUUGACCCCGAUUAACCUGUUUAUUGUACAUGUCAAAGGAAAGAGCUCAGCCAGAGCCAACAGAUGACAAAUUAGCCUCCCUUGCAUGCUGCAAAUGCUUCAGAUGAAACACUGGAGGAGCGGGUUUCUAUUUCAAGAUUACGCUGAGCACGAAGACUCAGCUGGAAGACGCCGGGCUCCAAAUGGGAUCGACAGAGCGGCGCUGCGUCGUGGCGAGAAGGACUGAAAGCGGGUUCAUCGAGGCAGCAUAACGAUGGACACCCCGGCAGAAGAUGUGUCGCGGGUGGAUGUGGACGCCGAGAUGAGGGCGAUGACGCCAGAAGAAAUCGCUGUAAAAGACCUCGAGGCCGGCGACGAAGUGGAGACCCUCAGAAACAGCUUACGCGAGGCCGUCCACGACGACAACGUCCGACCCAAGAUGCAAUGCCUGAUGAUGGACUCCUCCUUCUCCAUGGUCACAAUGCAAGGCGAGGACAGCGGGAUCGCGUGGGAGACGACCCCCAGCCGCUGCGCCACGCCGUGGGGGUCCGAGCCCGGAACCCACGGCGCGGACCCCGGCUGCGCCGCACCGGGGUCGGCGCCGGCGGGGAAGAUCAUCUUCAUCAUGGACGAGGAGCUACUUUCGAGACGGAAGAAAAGCAAAGAGAGAGCCGACCGGAAGAGCAAAGCAGCGGGACGGAUAGAGGUCCUCGGGGAAAGCUCCGAGAACGUCUCGGGAAGGCCGGAGUUAGUCGAGGUCUCGCGGCCGAAUGUGAAGCCUGAGGACGGAGACGAGGAGGAGGCCCCCGAUCCCCUGGUGGACAAAGAGCAGCGGCUCUUCAGCCUGGUCUCCGAGGGCUCUGAAAUCCUCAACAUCGUCGUUCCCCCCAAACUGGCAACCGUGGACGAAGAGGAGAGCAAAGAAAUGGUGGACAACCUUUCUUAUCUGGAGGAGAGCGUCGUUCGCAAAGGCGUCGAGGAGGGUGGCGACAGCGAUCCGGGGUUCGCGGGGUCCGGUGCGGCGAGAGGGGAUCCGGCCGCGGCCUCCUCUUCCUCCGCGGGCACGAACGUGACGGACCCACCGGGCGCUCCGGUGACCAGGCCCAGGGGCGCCGCCGGCAACGUGGACUACUUCGAGGCGUUUGCCCUGAUUGACGCAGAGGCUCCAGGGAGUCCCGCUGUGGCCGGCGCGCGGGCGGCGCUGGGAGCGGGGGUCGCCCCCGAGACCCGGGACGCCUUGAGUCCUUCACGACCCGAAGGAGACAACGCCGCCCCAACAGCAACAACAGCAACUGUGGAUGACGACAUGUCGGACACAGUGAGUCUGGCGGAAAUCACCAGCGAGCUUCUGGACGAGGUCUUCUACGGCGGUACGGGCAGCUUCUCCAUGAAACCUGUGGACAAAGACGACGGACGCGGCGCGCCUUCAAGGUUCCCCUCGAAACCCAGCGGCUCCACUUUGUUCGGAAGCCAAGAGGACGUACUGACUCCGAUAUUCCUGCCGGACGGACCUCCCAAGAUCAUCGAUCAGAUUUUGCUGGAGGAGCCCAAAGCCAUGCCUUUCCUCUACACCGACCUGUACGAGGAGGCGGUCGGCAGUCGCAAGAAAGAAGAGGACACGGAAAGCAUGACGUCGGAGAAGUCCUUCCACAGCCGGCAUUCAGACCGGGAAGCCCGGGGAUAUUUAGAGAAAUACGUCCUCAUGGACGACACUCCUGUGCCGGUAGCGGAGCCGUCUGACCAGGACGAAUCUCCGGAGGAAGGUCCUCGGGUACUGGCCCAAGAUUUGUACGACUUUGGCGAUUUGCUCUCCGCGCCUGAAGAGGGUGAGAUGCCAGAUUCCGAGGAGGAAAUCACAGACUUCUUCAGGUCCAGUGCCAACGCGUCUCCGUUGGACGUCGAGCCUUUCCCUCGAUCUCUCGAAGAGGACGAACCCGAAAAAACUGCAAACUUGAAAAAAGGCGCCUCCGUCGCGUUGGAAAACGUGGCUAAAAUCCCGGUGGAUCAGCUCGGCGUCUCAAGCUUUGAGUUUCUCCGGGAGGAACCCGACUGGGGGGGCGCAGAUGAACACCAUGCGGCUACGUACGAAAAAGCGGUCGGCACAGUUCGGGAAGUGCAGGAGCCAGAUUUGGAAACGCCGAAGCCAGUCGCGCCUGCGAGGAGAAAGGUCACGCCCUCUCCCAAGGCGUGUCUGGACCUCACACCUUUGACCCCCGUCGACGUCAUCCCGCCGGAAGAGGCUGGUGGAAAGGAGCACAGGGUGGAGGAGAAAGAGACGGCGUCGCCGGCAGAGGCCGCCAACGAGGGGGACGAAGAGGAAGCGAUGCGGGACAUCGCCAACGUCGCUCUGCUUCAAAGCGCACUGGACGCGAUGGAGACCCCGCAAAGCGAAGGCGUCCGGGACCCGAACCCGGCCGCAGAUCAGGAGAGGGACUCUGGAACUUUAGAGGGAAUGGGGGUGAAUGAGAGGGAAGAGGCUCCGAGACAAACUGAACCGGAAAGAGUAGAUGUUAAGUCGACGGAAUUGGUUCAUCCGGAGAAACGAGGCGGAGGUUCAGCGGAGCCAGCUAAAGACAAAGGACAGUGCGUAAUACUUUAGGUGAGAUUUAGACCGGUUUAAUCUCAGUGGCCUUUCUGAUCAGGUCAUCAUUCGAGUUAUUUAAUAUCCCAGUUUCCUACAAUUCAGUGAGGGAAAAUUCUUUACACUUUAACACGAUCUGAAGAGGGCCAAAUGGGUCAUUUUUAGUUUACCACUUUGCACCUGGCUGUUCUCACCAUCUCAGUGAUCAAAUAUCGAGAAGAGGUGGAUAAUUUCUUUUUUGGGGUUGUUAAUCCAGUCUUUGCGGUUUGAAGGACUGGCGCAUGAAUCCAAGCGUGUUUGAAGGGAAAAGUUUGGGAGUGUGAAUAAAAAAGUGUGUGUGUG